GGGCCGGCACCGAGCUCGGCGAGGCGGAUGGAGAGUCUGGCCGAGGCCGGCGGUGCCGCCUCCUCGUCGGGCUGGGGACGGCGGGCCGAGGCCUUUGUGUGAGGAGGAGGAGGCGGCGGCGGCGACGGAGGCGGCGAUGGUGCUCUGGACCCCGCGGAGCCGGAGCCCAUUGUCCUGCAGACGUUUGGAAAUCUAUCUCCUCAUGUCAUCCACAGAUUAAUGGUGCUGAUAAGGUCGAAACUUUAUAGGAUCUGCUAAAAUGGGCAUGAGGAUCAAACUACACAGCACCAAUCACCCCAACAACCUACUGAAGGAGCUCAACAAGUGCAGGCUCUCAGAGACCAUGUGUGAUGUUACCAUUGUGGUAGGAAGCCGCUCGUUCCCGGCUCACAAGGCUGUGCUUGCCUGUGCAGCAGGUUACUUCCAGAACCUUUUCCUGAAUGCCGGACUAGAUGCUGCCAGGACCUAUGUAGUGGACUUUAUCACCCCAGCCAACUUUGAGAAAAUCUUGAGCUUUGUCUACACAUCAGAACUCUUCACUGACUUGAUCAAUGUGGGUGUCAUCUAUGAGGUAGCUGAGCGCUUGGGCAUGGAAGAUCUCCUCAAGGCUUGCCACUCCACUUUCCCUGACCUAGAGAGCACAGUUGUGACUAAGCCACCCACCAGCUCCAGUGAAGGCCGUUCUAGCACCCAAAGCAGCACUUCAGCCGAACCAGCUCAUUCCCUUGGAGAACUCCGAAGUGUUGGAGACCAGUUUGGUCCUGACAGGAAUUACAUCUUGCACAGUGAUGUUGGGAUAAACUAUAAAGAGGAGAGAAACCCUUCCGGUGACAGCAACCACAGCCUGCCUCUGUUACACCAGCCACCACUAUCUAAGACAGAAGAGCAUGACGCCCCUGUCUCGUUCACUUCAGUUACAAGCAUGGUAGCUCAGCCAGGCCUUGGUACCCUCAGUAUAGGCACACCAGCUAAUUCGAGCUCCUUCCAGCCUUUCAAGGUUCAGAGCAAUGGGGACUUUGGCAAAAAUAGCUACUUUACCCCUGAUAACCCAUUGGAUAUCUCCACAGGGAGUAACUCCUGUCCAAGCAACAGUGACCACUCCAAAGAUCAGGGGUUUGGGCAAAUGGAUGAACUGCAGUUGGAGGAGCUUGGGGAAGAUGACUUGCAGUUUGAAGAUCCUGGAGAAGACCUAGUUCCAACAGAUGAAGUGAUAGAGUUGAGUGACGACAGUGAGGAGGAGCUAACAUUUGGAGAAAAUGAAAACCGAGAGAGUAAGGCCAUGCCCUGCCAGGUGUGUAAGAAAGUGCUAGAGCCCAACAUUCAGCUGAUCCGGCAGCAUGCUCGGGACCAUGUGGACCUGCUGACGGGCAACUGCAAGGUCUGUGAGACCCACUUCCAGGACCGAAACUCAAGGGUUACCCAUGUCCUGUCUCACAUUGGCAUUUUUCUCUUUUCCUGUGAUAUGUGUGAAACCAAAUUCUUCACCCAGUGGCAGCUGACCCUUCACCGAAGGGAUGGAGUAUUCGACAACAAUAUUAUUGUUCAUCCCAGUGAUCCACUACCUGGGAAGCUUGGUCUUUUUGUGGGGGGAACUAGCCCAGAGCUAAAGUGUGCUGCUUGUGGGAAGGUAAUGGUCAGAGAUUUCCACAUGGUACGGGGUCACAUUCUAGACCACUUAAACUUGAAGGGCCAAGCCUGUAGUGUUUGUGACCAGCGCCACCUCAGUCUCUGCAGCCUCAUGUGGCACACUCUUUCCCACCUGGGCAUUUCUGUCUUCUCAUGCUCUGUCUGUGCCAAUAGCUUUGUAGACCGGCACCUCUUGGAGAAGCACAUGGCUGUUCACCAGAGCCUGGAAGAUACACUCUUCCAUUGCCACUACUGCAGCCAGAGCUUCAAGUCAGAGGCUGCAUACCGAUACCACGUCAGCCAGCACAAGUGCAGUGGAGGAAGCAGCCUUGACUCAAGAUCUGGUUUUGGAGAUCGAUUACAGCAUCCGGCUUUUCAGAAGCGGAAAUUGCCAUCAGAUGAGUUCCUGAGUGAGGAGCUGGCCCUGCAGAGCCAAUCUGGGAAUAGCAAAUAUAGCUGCAAAGUAUGUGGCAAGAGGUUUGCUCACACAAGUGAGUUCAACUACCAUCGGCGAAUACACACAGGAGAAAAGCCCUACCAGUGCAAGGUGUGCCAUAAGUUCUUCCGUGGCCGGUCGACCAUUAAAUGCCACCUGAAGACACACUCGGGUGCCCUCAUGUACCGCUGUACAGUCUGUGGCCACUACAGCUCCACCCUCAAUCUCAUGAGCAAGCACAUAACUGUGCAUAAGGGCAGCCUUCCACCUGACUUCACCAUUGAACAGACAUUCAUGUACAUUAUCCAUUCCAAAGAGGCGGAGAAGAACCUGGACAGCUGAUUGGGCUACAUUAGACCUGAGGGCCUGGUCCCAAAAAAGUAGCCAGGAUGUUGCUUUUCCAAUGGCCUGACUGAAGUUACAAUUUGCCUUGCUAGGAAUUCCAAUUCACGUUGUGUUAAAGAAAGAAAGGAAAGAAAUAGCACACAAACUGAGAAAUCAUUUUUGAAAAGCAAUGACCCUACCAUGUUUACCUCCACACCUGCUCGUGGCUGGCAGAGGCCACGUUUUUGGUUCUUUGGGGAGCUGGGAUUGUGAUCUAGUAACAGAGACUGGAAUUGAUUUCAACUAGGUCCUUACUCCCCAGACUCCCUAGUUUUAGUUCACUGUUAGGUUUUAUGCUGCUAAGAAUCCAACCCACAGCCUCAAUGAAAAGGGGAGGUGAGAAGAAGUCUUCAAACUGCUUUUUAGUUUCACUGUAGGCAUUACGACAGCUCUGUGGCCUCCAGCAGGAUUAACCAGUUCCAAAGAUGAUCCCAGAAUUGUGAUCAUUCAGAGAGUCCAACUAGUCUAGACAGCCCACCUCAUAGUUUUGGCCUUUAAGGUGUUGGUGCUAGCCUACCACACAGACUUACCGAAAGUCCCUUUAACUGUUAAAAGUAGUUGGACAGGAUGAAGAACCUUUGAAUUGAAGUGAGGGCUUUGUAUCUAGAAAAAGGAGUAAGACAGAAAGUUUAGAGAUGAUGAAGCCUAGCCCAGAAGGAGUUAACCUGUAGAGUCAUUUGAAACUGGGUGUAGGUGUGGGCAGUAAGGUGGAUUUCUUUCCUCCUCAUUUCCAAAGAAAAAUGGUUUUAGGGUGUGCCAGCCAAGGCUUUGAGGACUUCCCCAAGGGGACAGGGGUAGUGAACCACCCUAAUGUAAACAUCUGUCACUCUGUUCCCCUCUAUCCAUCCAUGGGUAUUAGAGGGUGAACCUUGGACACCCUGGGGGAGAGGUUGUAACAUUUCUUUCAGCAGUAAUCUUGCCUUAAUUUUCACCCAGUCUCCCACCCAAAAAGUGUAUGUCUUGGCCCAUAGUUAAGAUGGGAAAAAAAACCCUGUUGUGAUGGAGUGGUUGGUCCUGGGAGUCCUUCAGAGUUGAUGGGACCAGUUAAUAAUAGUGGCAUUUCAUUGGUGGGGUGUGAGUUUUUACUGUCUGUUUUAAUCAGGUAACGGUUUUUUUGUUCUGUUUCUUUUUACAUGCACUAACAGGCAGGAGGCAAGCCGUGCUUUAAUAGCCCACCUUUUACUUGCUGGAAUUCAUCCUGGUUUGUCUGUGUGUCACCCCUAGGGGGUACUAUUGGAUGGACCUAACCAGUCCACAGGAACUGGCUGAUCCUCUUUUUACUUUGUUUAUGAAAGGGUCAUGCCCAAAGAAGGAGGGAGGGAGAGAGGGAUCCCUCUGAACUAGAUCUAGAUCACAAGGUAGCACCCUCAACCAGAGUUGCCCUCAGUAACUCAUACUACCUCACCCAGAGCAAAUGCGCUGGGAGCUCACAGCCACAGCCCCACACACUGCCACCUGUGUGAAUUUGGCAAUGCCCAGUGCCAUUUCACAAGCAAGUGAUUUUAAUUAACCCUCAAAGCCUUUUGAAACUAUAAUAUUUAUUAUUUUUGUAUGCAGAUCAUCCAGCAUCCACUUUGUAUGACAGAUUUCUGGAAAAUGAGGUUCCCAGCAGUGAGUGUCCCAGGAGAUAAUUCUGAACCAGGGAUUUUGGUGAUGGGCACAAUCUAGCCAAGAACAAGCCAAAUAGACCUUAACCUAGCUAAUCUGUACUGAGAGGUGCCCUCCUCUCACAGAUGGGGGAAUCAUUUCCCUUUCCCCAAACAGAUUCCUUACUAGGGUAAUAAUCCUAGAGUGCACUUUCAAGAAUGGCCUAACCUCCUAGGAGUCUGGGAACAAAGAACACCCUAAUAAUGGAAACUUGUGAACUUCCUAAUUCUUUCAUCCCUCUUCCCAAAUUCCCAGGCAGAGUUAUCUGAGAGGUUUCUAAGGAAGGCAGGGGACCAGGUUCAAUAGGCCAGGAUUUCUUGGUGGACAGCUUUGAACCCCUUCCUAAAUUAGGAAAUUGUCCUUUUCUUCUUAAUAAAUAGCAAGAUGGGCAAGCCAAAGUUCCCCAUCUAUUGACUUGCUGAUGCUUUGCCUCAAGGUGCUGUUGUCUCUUAACUGGAGCCCCUUUUCUAGUGCUGAAACAGUGAAAGCGGUAUCUUACUCAGAAGCAGAACAACUCUUUUCUCUAUAGUGUCUGUUCAGGCAGAUGGGAUGUGGUGGUGAGGGGACAUGAACAGGAGCCAUUGUAGGUCCACUUUCUACCAUCUACCACCAACCUGUUUGAGUCUUACUUGAAAGACUCACUAUGAAAAUUGUACUGGUGCCUCUUUCUUGUUGACAGGCCCUUCCUUUUCCCCUUCCCCUUCAUCAUUAUAAAUAUAAAAGGUUAACUUGAUAUAAAAGUUACAGAUGGUCAGGCAUCCACCAAACUUGCCUAACCUGAGUAAGUUUCUCUCCCUGGUAUGCCCUACCUCUCCCCUGACCCCCACUCCCAACUCCAAGCUGCAGUUGGAAAAGUAGGUGAUUCUUAGAUGGCAGGAUUUAGAAGAAGCAAUAUUAAUUAGGGCCUAGUCAAAGGGGCAUGCUAGAGAAAUCCCUUUUUUGUAUCCAAGAGCUUUUUGGGUGCUGAGUGGUCUGUGAAUUUUAACUGAAGCUGUGAAGUUUUUGUUUUCUUUUAGUAAACCAAAUAAAAACACACCCCAGAAACUUUUCCCCUAAAACACUAAGCAAAAGACUGUAGUCCCUUAUUCCUGGCCCAAAGCCAGGAGGAAAAACCACCCCCACGGCAUUCCUCCCCUACUGAAAGGGUGAUAUAUGUGUGCUCAGUCCCAGUCAGACAUGUAGCAGCACCAGUAACUAGUGAGGCUUCUUAACCAAAUCACUAUGCUCUGUACUCACCCAUAUUCAUUUUUGGACCUCUUCUUUUAUGUUUGGGGCUUUCUAUUUCCUCUCCCUGCCAGCUCACCUUAUUCUGAACUGGUUCUCUUUUAACACCAUAGUCUCGUAGCAAGCGAUACUGUAGUAGAAUUUUUUUUUAAUCUGGAGUCUUGUUUAGAGCUUUCGAAUUCAUUUGGUUUUUUAACCCACCCUUUCCCCCUUCUUAGAACACAGUAUUCUGCCCUUAUGUGCUGUCUAGUCUCUCCUUGACGAUGAGUCUCCUCUGUUCUUCCUUAUUCCUGUCCUGCCAACCCAGGGUCUGGGUUCAGAAUUUAAGAAGUCUCCUCAGUUCCCGUAGGUGGUUAGGAAUAGAGACCUGGUCAAGUGAGGCCCUUUUCUGGGAGAAAGGCUCCUGGAGGGUUUGGAAGAGGGUCAGCAUUCUUCCUGACUUCCUCUCCUAAAAUGUACCAGGUACCUUCUCAACAGAUUUUUUUUUUCUUUUCUUUUUUUUUGCUACUGAUGAAUUCUCCCCCAGCCAUUUCACCUGGCCUCUGGUUCCCUAUUCCAUGGGCUGCUCAGCUUUGGAAGUGAAAAAAUGUUAUUUAAAGCUAUUUAUGUAGAUGGACACACUGAAUUUUCUAGAUGGGGGCAAGGGGUCUCGAAUGACAUGGAAACCCCUACACAGCUCUUCUGGCUCUGUCCCUAAAUCAUGUACUGAGAGGAGCACAGAUAGGAAAUAGCAACUCAGUGUUAGUUUCCAUGUGAUUACCCAUUUUAAAGUCAACAUCAGGAUGAAAAUGAAAGUGAAUUUUUGAUUUUGAUGUUUCCUUAAAAUCCUUCCCCUUCCCAGUCCAUCCUUCCUUGCUCCUAUAUCUGAAGGCUCUUUCAUAAAGCAGAGAAGAGUUGUCAUUGACAUCUAACCCCUUUCAUUAAAUUAAUUGUAGGUACUGACCUCCUAAUAUUUAAGUGUUUACUAUCUAUUGCUGUAAAGUUUUGUAUAUUUUGUAAACUUCUUUUCCCAAAUAGUAGAUGUCUAAAAUCGUUGUACAUCUGAUUCUUUUAUACUCCAUUGUUCAGCACAAAGUGUGGUUUUUAUUUAGAAUAAAAAAAAGGAAAUUUGAGGUGUACU